GGCAAAAACUAAUAAAUCACUUUGGAUCUUUAAUUUACAAAUAUUACUAAGACUUUUAUGUAUCCAAAUAAAUCCAAAUCACUAAUCCAAUAGGACCAAUACCCUUAGUAAAAUUAUUUUAAUAUAAACCUUUGUAUAACUCCGUUUAAGUAUGUUCCAAGUGAGAAGACGUGAACUUUGAAGAGAUAAAAGAAGAUUUUCUUUAGUGUUUUUGAGAGAUUAGUCAUCUUAUAAAAUAUUUUUGAAAAGAACGAAGAUCAAGAAUGUCUCCUCUUCAUGGUUCUUGUGGUUGUGCUUCCGUAUUAUGUGUGUUAUCAGCGCGACAAUCCGACUCAUCCCCGUCGUAAUUUUCAUUUGUUAAACAAUUUUUUACUUACUACAUCGGAUUUGAGGGCUGAUGUGGUAGACAUCUCGAUGAAACAAAUUGAGAGUUAUCUGCUAGAUUCACCAAGUAAGAAAAAAACAAGUUAUUUAGCAAAAAAAAAAAAAAAAAAAAAAAAAAAACAAGAUGUCAAAGGGUUUUUCUAAUGCUUUGGAUUGGUUUCCCUGUCUUUUGUUUUUUUUUCUUGUUUGUAAUUAAUUAUAUCUAAAAUAAAUUUGAAUCUAUCACACAUGGUUGGGAUUCGAUUCCAGCCAAGGUUCAGAUUUUAGUGAAAAAUAUAAUCUUAGUUUUGAAAUAAAUAUGGGAUCAGUUUUUUUUUCUUUUCAAUUCCAAAAUAUUUAAAUGAUAAGUUGUUUGGUUCCUUUUGAUUGGAUCAAUUAAUUAGGAUUGAACAAAUGUACGAUUCUACAAUAUUGGAUAUCGAAAAUCCAGGCCAGUUUUUGCUAGUAGCAGCUCAUCACUUGUCACUUGUCAGGAUGCUUCCCAUGAAUAAAGCUAAAGCUACCGUGAAUCCGUGAUAUUACCAAAAAAGAACCGAAGGCAUAAGUGUAUAAGUGUUAUUUAUAUCUUGCAAAAAUUAUUGAAUAUUGACUAUAGUUUGUUAUUAGUCAAUAGUCAAUCGUUUCCAAGUCCAAAUGUGAAACUGCAUAUGCUAUCAAUGUCGCUAUGAAUGAUUUUACGUACUGAACUAUGAAGAGUUUACAUCUCCCAACGCUCCUUACUGACAACAAUUUAACAUGACAAACUGUUUGUACGCCCAGGAACACAUGCAAAACGUGUACGCAGACAAAAUCUACCAACCAAUGUGACCUUACAAAAGAAUAAUUUACUGACUCGAUAUGGUUGGCUGUAUAAUAGUUGCACAUGCAAUAUACAUACUCCCUCCAUUUAAAAAAAAACGUAGCACUUUUGACAUUUUUCGCACAGAUAAAAAGUGAUUGAAAUGUAUUUAAAUUAAUAUUAAUUACAUAUAUUUAACCAAUAAUAUUAAAAAUAAAUAAAUUAUUUAUAAAAUCAAUACAAUUUGCAAUUAUUUUUUAACUGAAAGUAAGUAUAAUUUGUAUUGAAAUUCUAAAGUGAUAUUUUUGUGUAACAAAAAAAUUGUUAGAAUAAAACUUAUUAUGAAAUAGAGGGAAUAUUAAUUAUGAUAAUUACGUAUGUUAUUCUUGUUUGAUAAUUAAUCCAGAUAGUAUUAUAUUUUCUUAUACAAAGCAAUCGAAAAUACAACUUGGGCUGUCGCUUUAAAAAAAAAAGGAAACUUAGACACAUUUAUCAUAAAAGUUUGACCUACAUCGGAUGCCCUGUAAAUGGUUGCCGGAAAAGGAGUACGCAAGUUGAUUGUUUCUUUUUAUCAUAACCCACACUAUUAGUUAUUCUUCUUUCUUUUUCUAUUAUAAUGAUUAUAAAUUGUUGAACGAAGGAAAAAGAUAGUGAAAUGUUUAAUAGUAAAUAAGAAUUUACAUUAUUUUAACAUAACAUUCUUUUACUUAAAAAGAGAAUGAAAAGUUACCGAGAGAAAGAAAAAAAGAAAGACUGUACGUGAUGAUUGUAAUUUACAAAGAUACCUGCUUUUCCUUAACGAGUCAACAAACUUUAAAACUAAUAAGAGUAGCAUUUUAUACUAUUAUGGCCGAGGUAGCUUUCGUAGUUGAGACCAUGCGCAUCAAGGGAUUAUGAGGGGGUCGUGGGCUCGAGUUUUUAGGCCCGAUUGAUUUAAAAAAAAUGAAAAAUGGGUUUUAAUCGACGAACCGGGCCUUACGCUUGAACCCGUAAGAGGCGAGUUCAAGCCACGCGUCGGGCGGUGAGUGGCUUCUCCUUUCCGCGUCGAUGAGGAAGAAAGGAGGGGAUACGCGUGAACCAGUUCAUUUCUCUCAUCAGUGAAAAACGCUAGGGUUUUUUCUCUCCGAGGCGAUAGUCCACGCCGUCGCGAUUCCGUCGUUAUUUCUCCAUCAAAUCGAUUACGUUUUCUCUUCUCCACACUCUUAGGUCAGUAUUGAGUAGAUUGACGGUGUGGUAGCGUAGAUUUUAUGUGCGAUAAGGAUUUGCGAUGGGGUGAUUAUAAAUCGAUUUGGGGAUUUUAUUUUUUAGGGUUUUUAAUGGUUAUGGGAGUUCGAUUGAGGGUUCAGUUACUCAUAUUCUUCCUUAAUUAUGUGCUAAUAAUUUGAUUUCUGUCACAGAUGGAUCCGGCAGAGGAGAGAAGACAUUCAAAGAGGCAACAGGAUCACAUAAACAUGCUAGGGUUCGUCAGCGAUUCAGAGUACGGGAUUCCCAAAAGGUGUCCAUGUGGUGGGAGAAUCAUCGAUGAGGUUCGCCGGAAGGACGACUACGACACUCUUCCGGGGAAGCGGUUCUUCACAUGCAAGAACUACGAGGCUGAUGGAUUCCACUAUCGUCAGCCUUGGGUGAUAGGUGUGCAGGAGGAGAUCGAAAGGUUGACUAAGCGGGUGGUGGAGGCUGAAGAAGUGAUGUUGGGGUCGUCGAAUCUCUGUAAACUGAUCGACAGACUGGAGGAUCAGGUUAAAAUGCUCUCUGAGCAGGUAGAUGACCUCACCGUGCAGGUUGCUACGUUGGAGAAGGUCUGCUUCGAAUGAAACCGAAGGUCAGAGAGUGCAGGUCACGGGUUGGAGUGAAGGUGUUGGAGUUGAUCAGUCGGUAAAGUUGAAGCCUAGUUUUUUUUUUUAAUGUUGGGGGUAGUUGGACACGGGAAAGUGUAGUGUUUUGUUUCUUGCUACACUUAUUUCAUUCACGGAUUGUCUUAGUAUGUAUUGUGUCAGUCACAACUUGAUUCACGGAUUAUGUAAUAUGGUUUCAAACUCUCUAUAUAUGUUUGCAUUGUAUCAUUAUAUGAAAUAGCACUUCUCUCACUUAUUACUCUCUAGCAAGUUCAUUCUCUUAUAGCACUUCUCUUUGUAUUGACUGAGAUAAGAAUGUUUAGUUGUAAAUGCUAAAAAGUCGAGAUCAUUCAAGUGAUUCCCAUUUAGUACCAGUUAUGAAGGAAGCCGACACAUUCAAGUGAUUCCCAUUUCGCUGCAAGGUGAUUCACAAACGGAGACACACGCAAAGAUCCACAACAAGGUAUAAUAUACAACUUAGUAAUGAAAAAAUUAUAAGAUUAUGAAAAGAAAAGAUUAUAGAGUAAUAAUGAUAGAGUAAUGUGUAAAAUAGAUUAUAGAGUAAUAAUGAUAGAGUAAUGUAUAAAACAAAAUUUAAUGUUAUGACAACUUUUAUAGACUAAUGUUAUGACAACUUUUAUAGACUAAAGUGUAAGAUUAUUCACAUAAAAGAUGAUAGAGUAAUACUAAAAAAAAAAAAAAUAGAAUAUGAAAAAAAAUAAAAGAUUAUGAAAAUAAAUUAUAGCAUUAUGACAACUUUUAUAUUGUCACAAAAGUAAAAGAUUAUGUAAUAAAAAUAUAAUUAUGACAAUUAUUAAGACAACUUUUAUAUUCUUAGGACAACUUUUAUAUAAUUAUGAUGAAAGAGUAUUUUAAAAAUAUAGAUUUUGAAAAUAAUUUAUAUAAUUAUGACAACUUUUAUAUUAUUAAGAAAACUUUUGUCAUGUUAGGAAAAAAAACACCAAUGUCUUCCUCAUCAAGUGAUGAAGUUGAUGAAGCUUUAGAAGAAAUGGUUGACCAAAUAGUUGAUAAUUUCAUCGACUCAGUGAUUCAUGCUCAUCCCAACAAGCCGACGAGAAGAGCUUAUAUCGAAAGACAUCGGGAACAAGGACACAAUCAACUAUGGAACGAUUAUUUCACGGAAAAUCCUACAUACCCACCGAAAAUGUUUAGGAGGCGUUUUCGAAUGAACAAGCCAUUGUUCCUUCGCAUUGUCGAACGUAUAACUAAUGAAGUUCCAUACUUUCAGCAAAGAUGAAAUGCUUGCGGAAGGAACGGGCUAUCUGCACUUCAAAAGUGUACGGCAGCUAUACGUAUGCUGGCAUAUGGUCAAUCGGGAGAUACAUAUGACGAAUAUCUCCGACUUGGUGACAGUACAUCACGUUUAUGUUUAGAAAAUUUCACUAAUGCAAUAAUUUAUUUCUUUGGAGAUGAGUAUCUACGAAGCCCUACACCUGAAGAUCUUCAACGAUUACUCGAUGUCGGAGAGGUACGCGGGUUUCCAGGGAUGAUAGGCAGCAUCGAUUGUAUGCAUUGGGAGUGAAAAAACUGCCCAACAGCUUGGAAAGGUCAGUACACACGUGGUUCAGGAAAGCCGACAAUUGUCUUAGAAGCCGUGGCAUCACAGGAUCUUUGGAUAUGGCACGCAUUUUUCGGAUUACCAGGUACCCUCAACGAUAUCAAUGUUCUUGAUCGGUCACCAGUUUUUGAUGACAUCUUACAAGGUCGAACACCUAAAGUUAAGUUCAAGGUCAACAACCACACUUAUCGUAUGGCCUACUAUCUUACGGACGGAAUUUAUCCGAAAUGGGCAACAUUUAUCCAAUCCAUCCCACUUCCUCAAGGUCCUAAAGCUGAGCUAUUUGCUGAACGUCAAGAAUCCACCAGAAAAGAUGUCGAACGGGCUUUUGGAGUAUUGCAAUCGAGGUUUGCAAUUGUUAAAAACCCAGCUCUACUAUGGGACAAGGAAAAGAUAGGAAAGAUUAUGAGAACUUGUGUCAUAUUGCACAAUAUGAUAGUAGAGAACGAACGACACGGAUACGCUCAAAUUGAUACAUCUGAGUUCGAGUCAGGAGAGUCAAGUAGAAGUUCGAGGGUGCAACGGAGAGAAAGUAUUCAUGUCGGUGAUAUGUUAGGCAUUCGCAGAGAAGUUCGAGAUAAAGAGAAGCAUGAUCGUUUGAAAGCUGAUUUAAUGGAAAAUAUAUGGCAAAAGUUUGGUAAUGAAGAUUAAUAAUGUUUUUAUGUUCUUCUAUUUCUCAAUUUAUGUAAUCUACUCUUAUGUAUUGAAUAAAAAGUUUUAAAAUAUUUAUAAUAUAUUUUAAUAUUUUAUUUAUGUAUUCUCAAUAAUUUGAAAUUU